AGCCGGCACAAGGUCUGACGGGAAACGCAGCCGAGGAGGAGAAACAGUAGAUUUGCCGCCAUGAAAUCCUUCUGAGAGGAGGAAAGAAGCAAAACCUAGAAAAUCUACUCCCACCCACGGGCAAGAAAACGGGGGAGAGAGAGAGAGCAAGAGGGAGGGAGGGAGAGCCAGUGUGUGUGAGAGAGAGAGAGGGAGAGGGAGAGAGGGAGAACAGUCGAUGGAUGCUGCUUGGACAGAUUGGUCGGUACGUUCUUCUGUGACGAGGACCAGAGAGCCGCAAGAAUGGAUGGAAAAGGCAGACACAUUCCUCCAGCGAUGGUGUGGUGUGAGCGAGGGAUCCAGGUACUCCUCACCACGGUUGGGGCCUUUGCCGCUUUUGCCCUGAUGACAGUGGCUAUCGGCACAGACUACUGGCUGUACGCACGGGCCUUCAUCUGCAACAGCACUGCCAACUCCACUCAGGACGACCCCCACAACAAGGACAAGAAAGACCCCGGAGCCCUCACCCACUCUGGCCUGUGGAGGAUCUGCUGCCUGGAAGGGUUAAAGAGAGGGGUGUGCUCCCAGAUUAACCAUUUCCCUGAAGAUGCUGAUUAUGACCAGGAUGCUGCAGAGUACCUCUUACGUGUAGUCAGGGCCUCCAGUAUAUUCCCUAUCCUAAGUGCCAUUCUCUUGCUGUUGGGUGGGGUGUGUGUGGCCUCUAGCCGCUUCUAUAAGAGCAAGAGACACAUUAUUCUGGGAGCAGGCAUUCUGUUUGUGGUGGCAGGCCUAAGCAACAUCAUCGGUGUCAUCGUGUACAUCUCAGCAGCACUCAGCGACAUCUCGCCAAAGAAAGACGAGGACAAGAAGUGGCACUACUCGUACGGCUGGUCCUUCUACUUCGGUGGCCUCUCCUUCAUCCUGGCUGAGGUGGUGGGCGUCCUGGCCGUCAACAUCUACAUUGAGCGCAACAAGGAGCUGCGCUGCCGCUCGCGCACCGACCUGUUCCGCAGCACCACCUCGGCCGUGCUGCGGCUGCCCAGCUACCGCUUCCGCCGUCGCUCAUCACGUUCUAGCUCACGCUCAACCGCCGAGCCGCCACGCUCCCGGGACCAGUCGCCCUCCGGCCUUGCUGCCAAAAACUUUGGCCCACCGCUAGCUGCCGGUCCCCCACCCUUCUCCGUGGCCACACUGCCCAACCCACAUACACAUUCAGGAGGCGGGGGAGGAGGAGGGGGCGUUGGGGACAUCUCCAUGUACACGCUAGGCAGGGAGGGCAAGCCACCCAUGUAUGGAACGGUGGACCGUGCCACGCUCUACCAGCUGCACAACUACUUUCCCACCAAGGAGGGAGGAGGAGGGGCACUCAUGACGGGCACACUUCCCUCGCUGUCAAAGUCCAACCUGGCAGCAUCAGCCAAUGCUCCCCUCAACGCCUCGUCUUCCUCCGGCCCCGGGGUCCAAGCACCCACACUGUCAGCCGGCUCCACGGCCACCAUGGAGAGGGAGAGAGGGCUGGGGACGCUGGACAGGCUGGGGAAAGGAGAUAGCUCCAACACUAACACGCUGAACAGGAGAACAACGCCUGUGUGAUGGGUGGUGGUGGUGGGGUGGGAGGGGUCAGAGAAAGAGAGAAUGGAAGAGCGAGAGAUGAGGAUGAUCCUAACUGCAAAAGGCAAACAAGAAUGGAAAGAGGAAGCAUGGGAGGAAGAGAGAAAAGAGAGAGAGAGUCUGGACCCUGCUUCUGCACAGGGUCAAGUUCCUCCCCUAACCUGCUACGCCUGUUCCAGCUAAUUAACGCCUCAGUCCUUGAUGGGCUGGAUCAGGUGCAUUUGUGUUAGGUGAGAAGGGGGGCCAGCAUGCACGCUCGGGAGGAGGGGGCGUCACGGACAUCUCCAUUAGGGGUGUAAAAAUGCAUCUGAAGGUGGCGAUUCAACUGCAUUGAUUUUGAAAUGUAUGAAAAAAUUCUGGAACGUUAGAACGGAUAAUAAUCAAUUAUAGUAAUAUUCAGUAAAGUAUGCACUCAUUUUUGUUGCCAAAAUGGCUAUUUUCACACAUAAACAUCCAAAAUAAAAAGCUCUGUAUAUUAUUUUUAUUGUCUGUAAUCCACAGUGUAAAUAGUUUCUCCUUUACAUUUGUGUACUCGUUUGUAUUUUUAAAAAUAGUCAAAUCAGAUGGAACCAGGGUGAAAUUUAAGAUGAUGCCUUGAAUCGUUUCCUUAAGAACUGUAAUGAAAUCGAAUCCAGAGACAGAUUUACCCCCCUAAUCUCUAGUUCCACAAUGGGCAAGGACAGAACAGGGGGCUGCGCCACACUUUACCAGCCAGCUGCACAAAUACUUUCCAACAAAGGUGAAAAGAGGAGGGGGAGGGGGAGGAGCACACAUGAUGGGGACGUUGCCCUUCACUGUCCAAGUCCAACCAGGCGGCAUCAGCAAAUGCUCCUCUCAACGCCUUGUCUUCCUCUGACCCCGGGGUCCAAGCACCCACACUGUCGGCCAGAUAUCUGAGGAAAGAUAGCUCCAACAACAAUGCACUGAACAGGACAACCAACACCCAUGCGACUGGGGAGGCAGUGUCUGGGGGUCUGAGAGGGAGCGAGUGAGCAAAAGAGAGAAAGAAGGGAGGGGAGAUGGGGAUGAUCCAAACUGCGAAUGGCAAACGGAUGGAAAGAGGAAGCGUGGGAGGAAGAGAGAAAAGGGAGAGAGAGAGAGCGGGCUGAGAAGCAGAGAAAGGGAUGACUCACAGGACAGAGAGAGAGAGAGAAAGAAAGAGAGAGAGAGAAAGAAGCCAAUCAUCCUCUUUUUUCUCUCCAUUUCUGUUUUCGAACAUGGUGACUUUAGUCAUAAAUAGAGUUCCAUCCGCACUUUUACUGAUUCAUGUUGAAAUACUUGAUGUGUGUGAUGGUGGUCUUACUUUGGGUUCUUCAAGCUCUUUUGAUUCCAGUGCUUUAUCAUCAGGUUAUGCCUGUUACUUAUUUAGCAUUCCAAUAUAAAAUGUCAUUGUUUUUAUUAUUGUAGAUGUUACUGUUUGGUUUUUCUGAAUUAUUUUGUUAUUAAAUUAUUUGUUAUUUUAAUAAUUUAUUUAUCUUAUUUCAGUUCCAACUGAUGAAUUUAAACUGUGAUUUUCUCUUGCACAUACUGACACUCUAUUUUAUGAUGUCAUUUAGU